CCCAAACCCUGGGGCUGAGCGUCUCCCCUGUGCUCUGGGGGCCUUGCACUUGGGGUGGCCAGGACCUGGAUUAAGAACUCCAGGGUCCGAACUCAAGAGCGCGGGUUCCUGAGUAGGCUGACCUUGAGGGAAGGAUCAGAGAAGGAGGUUGUGACCGGGAAAGGGGACCCUCGCGGGACGUGAUCUGCGCGUCGGUGGAGAGGGGGCAGGCCCCCGGAUUCCCGGAACCGGGGCAGGGCGAUUUCGGUUCGAGCACAUUCCCGGGCCCUGAGCGCGGCGCCCGGAAUAGCAGCCCCAGUGUGGGGGUAAGGACGGACAGUACCCUCGUGGCUCUCCCGCCCUGGGCUUCCCAAGGUCACCGGGACAUGGACUCUCAGACACCAGACCGCAGUUCUGGGGUGCCCGGGCCGGUACAGGUCAGUCCCCUGCCGCAGAUCCACGCGGAAGCGCUUCACCGCCGCGUGAGGGCGCACGGGGCCGCCGACCCUCUGGACCCCGGCCUGGGCGCGCCCUGGGAGGCCGAGUGGAAGGGGCCGCCCUGGGAUCCCCCCGCCUCUCCCCGAGGGCCCCGCCGCUUCCGCUCGUUCUGGAGUCCUCGAGAGAACCGGGACGCACAGCCAGAGCUCUACGUCGCGGGGUCUGGGAGAGUGGACACCAUGGGGUUCCUGGAGCCGCUGUUCCAGCUCCUGUGGGCAGGGGCUCUCUGUACGCAGUCGGCGCUGUAUCCGGUGAGCAGUGAGCACGAUGCUGGGGCUCAGUUGAGUGGGUUUUCCAGGGAAGAGCUGUGUUGGGGGGACACCCAUGAGUACCGCCUCUGCCAGUUGCCGGACUGUCCCCCAGGGGCCAUGCCCUUCCGAGACCUCCAGUGUGCCCUCUACAAUGGCCACCCUGUCCUGGGCCUCCAGAAGACUUACCAAUGGGUGCCUUUCUAUGGCGCCCCCAACCAAUGCGACCUCAACUGCCUGGCCAUGGGGCAUGCUUUCUACCACAGCUUUGGCCGCGUCCUGGACGGCACUCCCUGCAGCGGAGGUAGCCAGGAACUCUGCGUGGCUGGCCGCUGCCUCAGCGCCGGCUGUGACGGUUUGAUGGGUUCCAAUGCCCGCGAGGACCACUGCGGCCGCUGCGGCGGCGCUAACGACUCGUGCCUCUUUGUGCAGCGCGUGUUCCGUGACACCGGAGCUUUCACCGGAUACUGGAACGUGACACUGAUCCCCGAGGGCGCCAGACACAUCUACGCCGCCCAUCGGAGCCGCAACCACCUAGCGCUGAUUGAGGGCGACGGGCGCUCGGUGCUCAACGGUAACUGGGAGGUCAGCCCGCCCGGGACCUACGAAGCAGCCGGCACCCGCGUCGUCUACACCCGCGCCUCAGGGCCAGAAGAGACGCUGCGCGCGGCCGGACCCACCUCCCAAGACCUGAUCUUGCAGGUCCUCCUGCAGGAGCCCAAUCCUGGCAUUGAAUUUGAGUUCUGGCUCCCUCGUGAGCGCUACGGCCCCUUCCAGGAGCAGGCACAGGCCCUGGGCUUGUCCCUGAGGCAGCUGCUGCCUCUAGAGGUGGAACCUCAAUCCCCUGAGCCCCAUGAAGCCCCGGCUGCUUUCCCCACACAGGCUCCAAACUCCACUCCAGAUCCCUGCCCACCCUGUCCUGACACCCGAGGUCGUGCCCACCGGCUGCUCCACUAUUGCGGCAGUGACUUUGUGUUCCGGGCUCGAGUGCUGGGCCACCUCCGCCAGACUCAGGAGACCCGGUAUGAGGUGCGUGUGCAGCUUGUCUACAAGAACCGUUCGCCACUGCAGGCCCUUGAGUAUGUGUGGGCACCGGGCCGUUGCCCCUGCCCACCAAUGGCCCUCCAUCGAGAGUACCUACUGGCUGCCCAGCGCCUCAUCAGCCCCGACGGCACUCGGGACCGGUUGCUACUUCCCCAUGCCGGCUACGCCCGGCCUUGGAGCCCUGCUGAGGACAGCCGUGCACGCCUGGCUGCCAGACACUGCCCUGUCUGAACCUCCGGCCAAGGCCCAGCCACAUACAGCAAGAAAGACAUGCCUGACCAGGCUCAAACUCAACCUAUUUCCUCUCUCACCCUGGCUUCCAGGGAGCUCAGAAAUAUCUGCUACCACAGCUAUACACUUUUGCAUGCAGUUGGUCAGAUCCACUAUCACAAGUGGGCAUUUACUGAUGAGAAAAUACUGAAUUGCUUCUUUAGUUCAUAUUUCCUUUCAUCCUGGCUUCCAGGAAACUCAUAGCUAUCUUAUAUUCAAAAACUUUGUAUCUGCUUUUAUUCCCCUUGUCUCAUACUUGCUUCGAGACACCCUCACAAGCAAGUAGGGCCCAGAGGAAGACAUGCCUAAGGAGAUAUUGUUAUGUAUCAGUUUCCCCUCUUGCCCUUGCUACCAGGAAGCUCAUUGCUGUUUAAUUCCCUGACACUCUGUGCUUUCUCUUCUCUCUGCCACUUACCCAUAUACCCUAAUAUAUUCAGAGACAUUGUUAUAAACAGGCAUAUCCCCAGAAGACAUGCCUAACCAGGCACUGUAAUGGACUCAUUUCACCUUUUACACUGACUACCAGGAAGUUCAGAAAUAAUUUUUUUCCUUCAAUUUUGUAUUGAUUUCAGG